AUGUUAAGAAGACAGGCACGUGAAAGAAGGGAGUAUUUGUACCGCAAGGCUCAAGAAUUACAAGAAACUCAGUUAGAACAAAAGAGGCAGAUUAUCAAGGAUGCUUUAGCUCAAGGUAAACCACUACCGAGGGAAUUAGCAGAAGAUGAGCAACUUCAAAAAGAUUUUAGAUAUGAUCAAUCUAUGAAGGCAUCAAACGAUGACACAGAACGAAUUGAUGAUGAAUAUGCAGCUACUAGUGGUAUUAGUGAUCCAAGGAUAAUUGUAACGACAUCGAGAGAUCCAAGUACGAGGUUGUCACAAUUUGCUAAAGAGAUAAAGUUACUUUUCCCAGGUGCAGUUAGGUUGAACAGGGGUAAUUACAUUAUGCCUAAUUUGGUGGGCGCUUGUAUCAAAUCAGGUACAUCCGAUCUCGUUGUAUUACAUGAACACAGAGGUGUACCUACAUCAUUAACAAUAUCGCAUUUUCCACAUGGACCAACUGCAUAUUUUAGUCUACACAAUGUCGUAUUGAGGCAUGAUAUUAUGAAUCAGGGAAAUCAGAGUGAAGUGAAUCCUCAUUUAAUAUUUGACAAUUUUACAACACCAUUAGGUCAGAGAGUCGUAUCGGUUUUAAAGCAUUUAUUUUCACCUGGACCAAAAAAAGACUCUGCAAGAGUGAUAACAUUUGCAAACAGAGGUGAUUUUAUUAGUGUAAGACAGCAUGUCUAUGUAAGGACUAGAGAGGGAGUUGAAGUUGCAGAAGUUGGGCCAAGAUUUGAAAUGAGGUUGUUCGAACUAAGACUAGGUACUUUAGAUAAUAAAGAUGCUGAUGUAGAAUGGCAAUUAAGGAGAUUUGUAAGAACUGCAAGUAGAAAAGAAUAUCUAUAG